AUGAAAUAUUGCUCUAAUCUCUACGAGCUCCGCAUUGGUGCCUCUGGAAUUAUUUCCCUCCAACCCAUCCUCACCAAACUUCGAACGUCAACACCUCCAUUAUACCCAACUUGUCUCCGAGCACUACAUAUUUCACGGUGUAGCGUGCAAUCUCCCAUUCUGUAUGAACUGUUAGGAUUCUUCCCUACAGUCAAGUUCCUCACAGUGGAAGUGGAGAUUGCCGUUCAUCCACCGACGAAUGCAGCAUCCAAGUUUCAACUAUACGAACUGUCUAUGUAUCGUACCCUUCCAUACGAGAUCUCUUCAUGGCUAUUAUCCAACUCUCGGGACUCGUUACGGAUUGUCGAGCUACGCGAUCUGCCUAGCGUCCGAGUGAGUAAACUCCUGCAAGAGUAUGGUCCUCGGCUACAUUCAUUCCGGACAAUGAAAUACAACAUUCACACUGCGAUGAUUUUGCGAUCAUGUACAAACCUCCGGGAGUUGAUUUUCCUAGGACUACCUUCCGUCCCUACACUUUCCAUUCGGGAACUUCCCCCGACUCUGGAGCAUUUUAGUUUGGUUCACCGGCAUUCCGAACCUAGCGUAGGCAUUGCAGAUGUCUUGAUGCUGGUGCGGACGUUGCCAAACCUCAAACUGCUGGAUUCUGAUGAAAAGCUGAAAUAUGAUUCGCAAUUCGAGUUGCUUGAAGAGAUCUGCAUAAAGAAAGGAAUUGAUACCAAGAUCAGUGAAUAUGGACAUUGGCCGAAUGAUGAGCCUGUUGAAGCUUCAACCUUUCCUCGCAGGCUGACAACUCUCAACUUCCGUUCCAUGAACCAGUUUCAAACGUGA